AUGGGUGGAAUGGUUGUACCAAGAGGUUUGGUGAUACUGGUAGUGUUAAUAGCAUGUUUGGCAACAAGUGUUCUAGCUGAUGCUGAUGAUAAUGAUGACAGAAUAAGUGACUUCCCAGUUUCAGCUCCUGCACCAUCUCCUGAUCAGACUCCUAUGAGUCCGAUAAAUAAGAAAGUUUAUGCUUGCGGGAACGGUGUGUGCAGAUGCAUGAAGGAAUCAUCAGAGUAUCGCGAGUCUACUCAAAAUGCACAACUACAUGCAUGGAGCCCUGCAUUAGAACUCUAG